ACAUUGCCUCUCCCAUUUCUCCCCUCCCGAUAGGUGAAGUUGUCCAAAAAGGGCCAGGCCAGGCCAGGAGGGCUCGCAAAUCCACCAGCCGUUGGAUCAACGGAGAGCGUAAACAAUUGAGAGGAAUACAGGCGUCGUUCUCUGGUGGUCUGGCUUUUCCAUGAUUUUCUUUCGUCCGUUGCUUUCGUGGAAUUGAAGAAGCAGUGAAAAAGCGACCAAUGGAGCUCCAAAUCAAGGUGGCGCAGGCCGUCCAUGUCCUCAAUCACGACUCGCAAUCCUGCAACCGCGUCGCUGCCAACCAAUGGCUGGUUCAGUUCCAGCAGACCGACGCCGCUUGGGAGGUCGCCACCUCUAUCCUCACCUCCUCCGAUCACCGCCACCACCAUCCCCAGCCUUUUCUCAACGAUUUCGAAGUCGAGUUCUUCGCCGCUCAGAUUCUCAAACGAAAGAUUCAGAAUGAAGGAUAUUAUUUGCAGUCAGGAGCUAAGGAGGCUCUGCUAAAUGCCCUUCUUGUGGGUGCUAAAAGAUUUAGUUCAGGCCCCCCACAGCUCUUGACACAAAUCUGUCUUGCACUCUCUUCUCUCACCCUUCAUGCCGUCGAGCACACUAAACCUAUUGAGCAACUUUUUUACAGUCUCCAGAAUCUGCAAAGCCAGGAAGAUGGCAAUAUUGCUGUUCUGGAGAUGCUAACUGUCCUGCCAGAGGUUAUUGAGGAUCAAAGUACUGAUUGUAAUAUAAAUUCAGCUUGCCGACGCGAGUAUGGCCGAGAGCUUCUUUCACGAACUCCUUUGGUUCUCGAGUUUCUACUACAGCAGUCUGAGAAAAGGAUUGAUGGUGGCAUUCAGCUGCAUGAGCGAAACAGGAAGAUAUUGCGUUGCUUACUGAGUUGGGUUAGAGCUCGUUGCUUCUCAGACAUUCCCCCCAGCUCAUUGUCAGCACAUCCACUUCUUGAUUUUGUGUUCAAAUCUUUGCAGGUUUCAUUGUCAUUUGAUCUGGCUAUUGAAGUUCUUGUUGAGCUUGUGAGUCGGCAUGAGGGGCUUCCACAGGUUGUGCUACAGAGAAUAGGAUAUCUUAAAGAUGCACUUCUCUUACCAGCUCUUACUAAUGGGGAUGAUAAAGUGGUUAGUGGUCUUGCAUGCUUGAUGUCAGAAGUUGGUCAAGCAGCACCAGCUCUGAUUGUAGAAGCAAGUUCUGAAGCACUUGUAUUGGCAGAUUCACUUCUGAGUUGUGUGGCAUAUCCAAGUGAAGAGUGGGAAAUAGCAGACUUGACUUUGCAGUUCUGGUCUACUCUUGCAAGUUAUAUUCUCGGUCUCGGUGGGGACAGUGGAAAAAAUAUGAAAAAUGCAGAAGACAUAUUCUUUUCUAUCUUCUCAGCAUUACUUGAUGCUCUUCUAUUGCGUGCUCAGGUGGAUGACUCUACCUUUAAUGAUGACACAGGGGAACUUGACCUUCCUGAUGGCCUUGUGCACUUCAGGAUGAACUUGGUGGAACUUUUGGUGGAUAUAUGUCAGCUUCUAAAAUCUGCUACAUUUAUACAAAAGAUAUUCUUUGGUGGUUGGAUAUCUUCAAAUGUACAAAUUCCUUGGAAGGAUGUGGAAAGUAAAAUGUUUGCUCUUAAUGUGGUUGCUGAAGUAGUACUGCAAGAAGGCCAAACCUUUGAUUUUUCUGUGAUAAUGCACUUGGUGACAAUUCUGUCUAGUAUGGCUUCUGAAGAAAUCAAAGGCUUCAUGUGCAUUGUAUAUAGAUCAGUUGCAGAUGUUGCUGGUUCCUUUUCCAAGUGGCUUUCUGCUUUUCAGGCUAAUACCAGUUCCUUAUUAUUAUUUCUAGGAGCUGGGAUUUCAAAACCUUUGUCUUCCAAUGCUUGUGCUACUGCUUUGCGUAAAUUUUGUGAAGAUGCUUCUGCAGCGAUGUAUGAACCCUCGAAUUUGGAAAUUUUAAUAUGGAUAGGGGAGGGUUUGGAAAAGAGGCACCUAGCUGUGGAAGAUGAGGAGGAAGUUGUGAGCGCAAUUACUCUAAUUGUUGGUGUUGUUCCUAACAAGGAGAUAAGAAACAGCUUGUUGGCUAGAAUGCUUUCUCCAAGUUAUGAAGCUAUAGGGAAACUUAUCGAUGAUGCUCAUGAGCAUUCUUUGAGACAGAAUCCUGCUACUUAUACGCAAAUAAUUAAUUCUGCAGCAAGAGGGUUGUACAGGAUUGGAAUUAUAUUUAGUCAUCUGGCAACACCUCUGCCAACCAGUCCUACCACAGAUGAUCCAAUCUUUGCAGUGCUGGGAGUUUUCUGGCCAAUGCUUGAAAAACUCUUUAUGUCAGAACACAUGGAAAGUGGAAGUUUGUCCAAUGCAGCUUGCAGGGCUCUUUCACAAGCAAUUCAUUCCUCUGGUCAACACUUCCUAACAUUAUUGCCAAAAGUAUUAGAUUGUCUCUCAUCAAAAUUUGUGUCAUUCCAAGGUCAUGAUUGCUACAUUAGAACAGCUUCUAUUGUCCUUGAAGAAUUUGGAACUAAGGAGGAAUAUGGACCUCUAUUCAUCAGUACUUUUGAAAGAUUUACAUAUGCAGCAUCGAUAAUGGCUCUUAAUUCUUCAUAUAUAUGUGACCAAGAACCUGAUCUGGUGGAGGCUUACACUAAUUUUUCUUCUGCUUUUGUUCGUUGCUGUCCCAAGGAAGCACUAGCUGCAUCUGGUUCUCUUCUUGAAGUAUCCUUUCAGAAGGCAGCUAUAUGCUGUACGGCCAUGCACCGAGGAGCUGCACUGGCAGCAAUGUCGUAUAUGUCCUGUUUCUUGGAGGUUGGCCUCGUAUCAUUGUUGGAAUCCAUGACUAGCAUCUCUGAAGGAUCAUAUGAGGCCGUCACAAUUCAGAUCAUAUCUCAUAGUGGUGAGGGACUUGUAUCAAAUGUGGUGUAUGCUUUACUUGGUGUUUCAGCAAUGUCCAGGGUUCACAAGUCUGCCACAAUUUUGCAACAAGUGGCUGCAAUAUGCAGUCUAGCUGAGAGAACAACAUGGAAGGGUAUUCUCUGCUGGGAGUCUCUGCAUGGGUGGCUACGCUCUGCGCAGGUACAGACGUUACCGAUUGAGUACCUGAAACAGGGGGAGGCAGAAUCUUUAGUACCAGUUUGGAUGAAAGCACUUGGCAGUGCAGCCAUUGAUUAUGUCGAGAGCAGGAGCUGUGAUGCAGUAAAGGACAAUCACGGGCAUAUGCAAGGCAAAGGAGGAAGAGUUCUCAAGCGUUUAGUCCGAGAAUUUGCGGAUGGUCACCGCAGUGUCCCAAACCUGACUUGAUUGAUAUAAUAUGCUGCUCUAUGCUCUCGUCGCCGCUGCUUAGGGGGCACCUGAAACAGUUGUAAAUCAAUCGCAUCUUCUCUCAAGUCUAGUCAAUUGGUGGAGGACCAGUUAACAACCACCCCUCUCAAAAGAAGAAAGGAAAGGAAAAGAAAAGGAAAGGAAAGAAAAAGAAAAGAAUUUGAUAAUCCUUAGUAGCAUAUUUGGCCUUUAAUGUACAGUAUGAGUAUCCCCAAUUUUGCCGAGCCUCUAAAAUUGUAAGGUUUUUUUUUUUUUGUCUUUAAUUUUCUGGCUCAUAUUUUUGCCCGUGUAAGAGCUUUACAGACAAUAAUUGAACAAAGCAAAUUUAGUCUCUUGAGAUUUAAUA